CGGCAUACUCGUUUGUGCCGCGUUUGCUGUAGCUAGACAGAGCGAUUACAAAAGUCUAGUAGCCUGCAUCCGAACCGUCAGAAAAUGCCACCGAGACUGCGGCUGCGCUCCAUCGCGCAAUUAGCAGAGCUUCAACCUGAGCGAGCUCCAUUACGAUCUACAUACACCUGCAACAGAUGCCAAUAUGCGACGGCCGCCACAGUCCCAGCCCCAACAGAUGAACAGAUACACGCAUCGAUACCGGCUUUAAGUCGCUAUGCACCGGCCACGCCCCCAAGUUUCCGAAACCCGGCCUACCGAAAAUCGCAGCUCCUCAGAUCCUAUGUCUCCCUACUCCAGACGACACCUCUGAUCGUCCUGUUCCAGCACACCAACCUCAAGGCGUCAGAAUGGGUUGGCAUCAGGAGGGAAUUGGCUUCGGCCUUGCGCAAGCUCGACAAGCAGCUCGCGGCGCAGGGUGCGCCCCCGGAGGCGUUGAUCGCAGAACACAUCAAAUUGGAGGUGAUCAAGACAAACAUUUUCGAGCCCGCCCUACGGAUCACGGAGUACUUCAAACCGGGUGACCUACCUCCCGAGACCCUGAGCGGACUGCCCGGGAUCUCUUCAGAAAAGGAGGAUCCAAGCUUAACACACUCCCUCUCCGAAGCUGCGUACCAGGCGGCAAAGGCGCACAAGGGCGAACACCCACUCACGCCUGUCCUGCAGGGCGCCGUGGCGAUCUUGGCCCUCCCUGCUGUUUCGCCGACCCAUUUGAAGACGGCGUUUUCCAUCCUUUCUCCGCAGGCGCCUGCCUUUCCGGCACCGACGAGGCGAAUGGUCCCCUCAUACUACGACCCAUCCGUGCAGGAUGGAGUGAAAAAGUUGCUUCUCCUGGGUGCUCGGAUCGACGGGCAAAUCUUUGACAUGGAAGGCACGAGGUGGGUCGGCAGCAUCGACGGUGGUAUUGACGGGCUACGGGCGCAACUCGUGGCCAUAUUACAAGGAUUCGGAGCAGGAAUCACCACGACUCUGGAAAGCGCUAGCAGGAAUUUGUGGUUUACAAUGGAAAGUCGGCGGAAUAUGCUCGAGGAGGAAGGGAAACCUAAAGAACAGUGAACGAGGCGAAUGCAUACCAAAAUAGCACUGGGUUAUGUGUUUUCUCCUCUAAGACUGUCGACGUUAAUCUCAAACCUCUAGUCAGGGAUAUUGUGCAGGCUGGCCUUGCCCUUGUAUGGGCCUGAUUCGGAGUCCUCUCAUGUCGUCGCUGUAUGGUGGAGUGAAGGUGAAUGGCUUGUUGAUAGCGGUGAGAUUUGGUUCUGAAAUCCUGGGCUUGCACCUGUAACAUAACUAGAUGAAGAGAAGAGCAAAGGCCGCACGCAAGAAUACCAUUUGUACAAAAG